GCAGCUGCUCGCGGGCCGGGCGGCAGGACCGAGAGCUGCGGCGCGCCGGGGAGAGAUGGCGGGGGAGGACCAGCCGCAGCCGCAGCCGCAGCCCCUCGGCAAAAGCAUCUCCGCCCCCACGCCGCCGCCGGAUGCCGGCGCCGACCGGGUCGCGCUGAAGAAGGAGAUCGGGCUGGUCAGCGCCUGUGCCAUCAUCAUAGGUAAUAUUAUUGGUUCUGGAAUCUUUAUUUCACCAAAAGGCGUUCUGGAACACACUGGCUCAGUGGGACUUGCUCUCAUUAUUUGGGUGCUUGGAGGAGGAAUUUCUGGUCUUGGAUCAUUAUGUUAUGCUGAAUUAGGAGUUACUAUCCCUAAAUCAGGAGGGGAUUAUUCCUAUGUCACAGAGAUUUUUGGUGGGUUAGCUGGGUUUUUGCUGCUAUGGAGUGCAGUGCUUAUCAUGUACCCAACCAGCCUGGCUGUGAUUGCAUUGACAUUUUCCAAUUAUGUUCUGCAACCUGUAUUCCCUAAUUGUAUCCCACCUUAUAAUGCCUCCAGGGUUCUCUCCAUGGUGUGUCUAUUACUCCUGACCUGGGUGAAUAGCUCCAGUGUUCGAUGGGCAACUCGCAUCCAAGAUAUAUUUACAGCAGGAAAACUGCUAGCCUUGGCCCUUAUCAUUGUUGUGGGCUUCAUACAGAUCUUCAAAGGAAACUAUGAAGAACUGACACCAACCAAUGCAUUCACUUUUCGGAUGACUCCAUCUGUGGGGCAUUUAGCAUUAGCUUUUCUUCAAGGGUCAUUUGCAUUCAGUGGGUGGAACUUCUUGAAUUAUGUAACAGAAGAAUUAGUUGAUCCCCGCAGGAACCUACCUCGUGCCAUAUUCAUAUCCAUCCCUCUGGUGACAUUUGUGUAUACGUUCACCAACAUUGCAUAUUUCACUGCCAUGUCUCCCCAAGAGCUCUUAUCCUCCAACGCUGUGGCGGUAACAUUUGGUGAAAAGUUACUGGGCUAUUUUUCCUGGGUUAUGCCAGUCUCAGUGGCCCUAUCUACAUUUGGAGGAAUAAAUGGAUACCUUUUUACCUCAUCAAGAUUAUGUUUCUCUGGAGCGCGAGAAGGUCACUUGCCCAGCUUGCUUGCUAUGAUCCACGUUAAACACUGUACACCCAUCCCUGCCCUUCUAGUGUGUUGUUCGGCUACUGCUGUUAUCAUGCUUGUUGGAGACACGUACACAUUAAUUAAUUAUGUGUCAUUUAUUAACUACCUCUGCUACGGAGUGACAAUUAUAGGCCUGAUUGUUUUACGUUGGAAGAAACCCAAAAUCUUCAGACCUAUCAAGGUAAAUCUCCUUGUUCCAAUCACUUACCUGAUAUUUUGGGCAUUUCUGUUGAUCUUCAGUUUAUAUUCUGAACCAGUCGUCUGCGGAAUUGGACUCAUUAUCAUAAUGACUGGAGUGCCAGUUUUUUUUCUUGGCGUGUACUGGAGAAAUAAACCAAAGUGUGUAAAUAAUGUAAUUGAAUCCAUGACAUACUUGGGACAGAAGCUGUGUUUUGUCGUCUACCCUCAGGGGGGAGAGCCAGAAGAGGAGGAUCUACCUUACACACAUUCUCAGCUCCCUGAAAGUGAGAAGACCUUGACGAAAUAAUGAGAAUUUCUAUAAGACAGAUGUAGCUUUUUGUUUACAUGGUGAUUUUUGCAAAAAAGAAAAAAGAAAAAAAGGUUUUCCUUGAAAAGAAAAAAUAUGUGUUUUUAGAAAUCACAUAGUAAAGCCCAUAAAAGGAGCUACUCCUUUAUAGCAGUCCUUAGCAUUUAGCUUUUUUCCUUAAAAAAAUAAAAAUAUGGAGCUGGUUGUUUUUUUCUGACUGUUUCAGUCAAAGGAGUUCAGCAGAGAAACAGUAAGCUAAGUCUGUAAUUACCAAUCUCAGCAGUCAUGUGGUUCUGCUGUAAGGCAUACAGACCGACAGCAUUUCAAACCUAGAGAACCUUCCAAUUAUGAAAAUAAAAGGGUUAAGUCAGGGGAACAAGGGAAGGUUCUUCAGCCCUGCUCCUUCCUAGGGAAGCCAAUGAUAAAACUCAGAUUGACUUCAGCUGUGCAGGUUCAGGCCCUCCUUGUCCCUGUGAUUUAAAGUUAUAGUCUAAAAACUUUGUUGUGCAAAAGCCAAACACCUAUGAGCAAAGUUAUUGACACAUGGCCAUAUGUGCAAAUUCAGUUGUUAAAACUAGGCACAUCUGAGGUACUUAUAUAUUGUACACUGGAGUUGCACGUAGUUUCUCUGCUAUAUGUGAUCAAUGAUCAUUCUGCCAUCAGCAACAUAAUAAAGAGAAGUUGAAAAAAAGAGCUAAAGUAACUUCAGUCCUCAAGCAUUUCUGCAAACAAGGAGUUGGGUUUCAUAUUAAGAAUUCUGAACAACUUUAUUAUUACAAUAACUGGAGAUACGGGCUAAAUUUAGUACAGUCCUAUUGUCAUUGGAGAGAGAGAAAAAGUCUUCUAAACAUAAAUUGAAAUGCAUAAUGGAAAAAAAGAAUGAAAGUAUAAUCUGUUCCUUUAUUUCUAAUGUUUCAAACAAAAAUCUCAUAUUGCCUUUGAAGGUGAACACCACAUUUCAUCCAUAUUCAGAAAAGCUAUAAUCCUUAAUUAUUCUACCAUAAGAUGCUCUUUAAAAAGUGUCUUGCAUGUUUAUAGCUGUAGAAAUUUGAUAUCAUAAGAUAUCAGUAGUUGGCUUAUUUCAAAAAUGUAUAGUGGCUAUAGCUGUACAAAUCUGACCAUUUCCAUACCAAAGAAUCUUUU